ACCAAUCCUUUAAGCCUUUGCUAAGUCCCCCUAGAAGAACUAAAUAUUCUGUAGCUUCUAUGACUGAGACAACAACUUCCUCUUCUGGUUACAUCAUGGCUAACGUAUCUAAAAUCAGUGUAGAACAGCAAACCGUUACAAGGCCAAGUCAAAUUACAUCUGUAGAUAACGUUCAAACCUCUGUGAAUUCAGUGAGCUCUCAGACUGGAGUCAAACAGUUUAGGCAACCUGUCACUGAAAUAAAGAAAUCUACAGAAACUAGCAUUAACACUGUAAAUACUCAAACCAUCUCAUACACUGAUUUAAAUAACCACACGGCUACAAAUAUCUCCCCCUUUGCUGAGGCCACCAGAGAGGCUAAAGUCCUCCUCAACGCUCCUGCAGUAACAGUAAGAGCCUCUCCUCUGCCAGAGUCAAAAAUACACAAUACACCUGUUCAAUCAUAUAUUCCAACCUUGCCCCAGUCCUCUAACAGUUUCGGCUCUUUGAACCUAACUGCAGAAACAAAACCCUCGUCAGUUAUUACGAAAAACGAAACAAAACCGCCUGUUAAACCUCUUCAAAAUAAUUCUCCUACUAGCAAUAUUCAGCCCUCUGCUAAGUUAAUCAAAAACAAUAUCUCAAAACCAGAAAUAAAACCAAUCACAGGAAAGGACACACCAGUCCUGACAAACAGCACUGAGUUAGUACAUUCCCAAACUCACAAGAUAAAAACAAAUCUAAUGACGAAUGCCAGUAAGGAAGGAAAACUCUCACCAAUGAACACUGAUGCUACUGCUCCAAAUUGUUCUCCUGAUCCUGUUUUAAGCAGUAAAUCUGCUUUAAAAGCACAACCUCCCACUAAGCAGGUAGCAUCAAGACCUUCCUCUGCCACUGUAGAAACAAAACCCUCAAUUGUAAAAAACGAUUCCUCAAAGUCUCCUCCCGAUCCGAUCCAGAUUAGUUCACACACCAGUAAUGUUCAGCCUUCGACAGAGCUACCAGUAGAGAACAUUUCCCCUGCAAAGCCAGCAACAGAUUCAGUCAUGAAACCGUCCAUAGUUAAAGCUGUGAUUGACUCUGCCACUCCUGCCUCUCUGCCUCAGGCCUCAGUCUCAGUCAAAGCUCCAUCCCCAAACAGAGGAACGUCACCAUCAUCUCAGCAAAAAAUUGGACUCAAAGACAAGGAUGUUCUGAGGACCAAAACUACGGCUGCACUGACAGAAGCCCCCGAAGUCGAACCCUCCACGAAGUCAGCGACAUCAACUGCAUCUUCAACUGACAACAAAGCUGUUUCAACAGAAAAAUCCUCUUCAUUGGCUUGGCCCAAGACAGGCCAAAAGUUGAAAGGCCUGAAAGGUAAACUCAGCGGAUGGACACGGCUCAAGAAACACAUGAUCGUUGAGCCAGAGGAACCUCAGUUUCCGCAGCCCGAGGCCAAAUCUCAGGUCGAUUCCAGUGGCAGGAAUGAGAAAACAGAUCAAGAUUGCAGUGAUGAAACAUCAGCAGACCAAUGUGCCAAUCAGGAAGUGGUUACAAAGAAAGAAGGCCCCAGGGCAUUGAAGAUGUGGGACGCCCUCCUCUUUCAGAUGUUUUCUACCAAAGAGAGAAUCAUUAGCCAAAUCAACACCACCAAAAAAGAUUCAGACAAAAAGGCCUCUAAAGACAAUCAAGCGGAGGUUCCCUCAUUCGUCAAUCGCCUGCCAAUUUUACUGUACAGCCCUCGUUUUGAUGCCAGGAAGCUUAAAGAGGCAGCAGAGAAGCCGCUCACAAAAAUAGCAGCAGUGUUUGAAAGGGGGCUGAUAAAACGCAAAGGUCCGGAAGACGAACACAAGGACUUCAACAGAAAAGCCAAAGGGUUUGGAUCGACAAAAAGUACAGAUAUGUAAAUCGAACUGAUGGGAAAGUAUGUGUCUGAAAACUGAUGUGUGCAGUUUCGCUAAUUUAACACAAAAUACAAAAGAUGCAAUGAUGGUCAGGUCAGCAAGGGAGAAAAUGAAUCAUACGAAGAGAAGUUGUAAUGAAAAAUAAUAAAAAAAAAAUCUGAAAAAUAUUUGUGAAUUUUUGGCAGAAUAGCUAAAGUUAAUUUUAUAAAUCUGGCCUGUAAUGAGGAGGUUAUUAUUAAUCUUGAGGGUAAAAGAGAUCAAAUGUGUCAUCUACCUGAGUCAAUAUUGGAGCUUUGCCAUGGUCUCUAAAUUUCAUCAAAAAGUAAAGAAAGUUUCACUAAAAGAAAAUUGCUCUCCUGUACCAAAUAAAUACUUUUUAAUAUAUUUUUUUGACAUUUUCAUCAUUUAAUCUAGUGCAUAAUUUAGCAGUUAUGGGCUUAAAAGGUCAAAAAUAAUAUAACAAUAAUAGAGAUGUGGCAUAUUUGCACUUCAUAAAAUCACAUCAGAAAUGAUAAGGCAAAGAAAGAAAGGAGUAUUAUAUUAUCUGAAAAUGUACUUGGUUAGAUUUUUGUUUGUUUUUUCCUUUGUGAUGGGCCUAGAUGUGGUGUUGAAUGCAUGUGCCGUAGAAACAUUGAUAGGUAAAAGACUGUUUCAUUUGUGAAGCUCUACUUUUUUUCUAUUUUUCUAAAGAAAGGCCUUUAGUGUACACCGCUGGUAGGCAGUUUUUAAUCUCUGUGAUAAAUAGGGCUUUUACAUUCCUGGAACAACAGGGCAGAUGGUUUCUGAAAGAAGGAAAUGAGAGAGAGAGAUGAAGGCUGAAGGUCCAGGAGGAACAGAUUUUGGUUUCUGCAAGUCAGCUGUGGAUGGAAACGAAGCGGCUUUUUGAUCAGGGCAGGAAACUACAGCGUCAGGGCCUGAGUGCACAAAACAUUUUGUUUGGCAGGGCGAUGAGGUACCUUGAACAUGUAAAACUUUAUACCUGCUAAACAAUAGAGCGUAUUAGCAUUGUCACAAUGAGGGUGUUAGCAUGCUGGAGUUAGCAUUUAGCUCACAGCGCUGUCGCGUACUGCUAGCACAGCUGUUGAGGCUUUGUCUUGUUUAAAUUAGACUACACUGUCAUGAAAGUCAGAAUGUCUCCUCAGAUGGGAAAAUUAACAUCAACAUCAAAAUUUACAGCAACAUCAAUGGUUUUCGGUAUUAUUUGAGACGGUCACAUCAAACAUUGCCCCAGAAUAACUGGUGUUCUGUGAAAACGUUUGUGUUUGAUCAUUUUUACUGAUACACACUAACUGAACUAAACUCUUCUGCCAAAUGAGGAAACUAUGAAAAUAAAUUUGAAAAGAAAAAAGGUUUUCAGUGAAACACACUAACAAUAUUCCCAGCCCGUGUGACAGAUAAACUGAACUGUAAUUUCCUGCCUUGUGUUGGGUUAAUCCAGGACUUCAGAAUAAUAUUACUGAGUGUGUAACCAGGAAGUAGACGUGAGAACCAAUGAAUGAUUGAUGAUGAUCAUAAUGAUGAUGAUGAUGAUGAUGUUUGCUGUAACAAGUCGGACUAAAGGAAAAUUAAGUGAAAACAGAUGUUAGAGGCUGAUAUUCACAGUUUUGAAAGAUUUUGCUGCUGCUGUAGCAGAUAUAAGCAUGUUGUUGUCCCCAUAUUGGAUUUUAAAAAUUGUUGUUUUCCCCAAGAUGACCAUCAAGAUGUGGAAUUUAUUCUAGGUGAAGGACACUUUACCCCCAUAAGCUAACCACAGCCUUAUUUAGUACUGUACACUGAUGCUCCUGUUUUUGUUUACUGUGUGAUUAUCAAAAAUUCAUAAAGUUGAAUGUGAAAUGCC